CAUCUCACAAAUUGGUGAAACCUCUGGACUUGAUCGAGCGUAGGCACUGGAGCAAGGUCUUAAAGCAACAGCUGCUCGCAUCGAUCAGCUUCACCCCUCAAGCCAAGAAGAGCAAGUAGAGCGGGCAUUCCUCAACCGGCAGAAGAGGGUGUUGAAGGCGUAGCAGUGGGUCAUGGUACACUUUUCGAAUUUGCUCACUCUUUUGUUGUCACAAUCUCAUCUCUUUGCUGUGCAAACCCUCGCUGCUCAUCUUCGAAUGCCUGAAGAUUGCUCUUGUGACUUUUGCCGUGCCUCAUUGCAGAAAGUUACUGCCUUGUUCGCACAUUGUCUUGCUCAGCUCCCUGUCAAUGUUCCUCUCCUUUCCAUACAAUCUUCUACCCGGACAGCCUCAUCAUAUCCACCAAUUCUCUCUCCACCAUGUGCAGCUACAAGCGUGAGCGCUCUACUACACCUGAGACCAAGCCAGCAGGGGCGAGGAACUCUCCAAAGAAGAAGACACCUUCCAACAGAAUCAAGGGCGAAGAUGGGACCAAGGAUGAAAAGGCGAAACCCUGGACGGCAGAGGAGGAUGCCGCUCUCAUGAGCGGGGUUCGUGAGGUCAUCGCGUAUGUAUCAAGCCCUGCUUGGAGCGGAUGUCACGAGGAGAUACAACACUGAAUCUCACUUCGUCUGUGGCUCCCAUCUUGCAACCACAGCAAGUACCAGCCGGACUAUUCGUGAGUGAAUCAGAUACCAGACCAUAUGCUCUUCGGCUUCUCGCUGACCUCUUCCCCCUCCCCGUGCUCCUUGUAGUGUCCUC